AACGCGAGCACUCCGUUAUUUAAAGGCAUUUUUGUAGCCGGUGUCGUUAUUUAUGUCAUUUUAGAGUCCAAAAAUGCAAUCAAAUGACUAGAGUGGCCGCAGGUGGUUUAGCUGUGGUGAAAUAGACAGAUUAUUUAUGAAAAAUGGGAGUACAAGGGCUUUGGCGACUACUGGAAAGUACAGGGAAACCCAUCAACCCAGAAACACUGGAGGGAAAGAUCCUGGCUGUGGACAUCAGUAUUUGGCUGAAUCAAGCAGUGAAAGGGGUGAGGGACAGACAUGGAAACAGUGUCCAGAAUGCUCACCUGCUCACCCUCUUCCACCGCAUCUGUAAACUGCUGUUCUUCCGCAUCAGGCCAGUGUUUGUGUUUGAUGGAGAUGCACCUCUGCUCAAGAAACAGACCCUGGCUUUGAGACGGCAGAGAAAAGAGGAGCUAAGUCUUGAGUCCAAACAAACCAAUGAGAAACUCCUCAGGACUUUUCUGAAGAGACAAGCUCUGAAAGCGGCACUCGGAGAUAAAAGUCAGGAGCCUUUUCCCAGUCUCUCCAGUGUGAGGAGACAUGAGGUCGAUGACAUUUAUGUUCUUCCUGCUCUUCCAGCUGCAGAGGAGAAGGAAAAUAGCAGUUCUGAAGAAGACGAUGAUGAAUCUUCACAUGAGGGAUCUGCUAAUACCUCACACCAGGAUGAUUUUUAUGAAGACCCAAACUCUGUUGACAUCAAUUCAGAAGAGUUUGCGAGUCUUCCUCCUGAAAUGAAGCACGAGAUACUUAAAGAAAUGAAGGAGUUUUCUAAAAGACGGCGCACCAUGUACCAAACACCUCCUGAGCGUUCUGGAGACUUCUCACAGUACCAGUUAGCCGGUUUGCUGCAGAGGAAUAAGUUGAACCAGCGUCUGGAGGGAGUGGAGAAAGAAAUGAGUGAGCGCAGUGCGGGCAGUGCUCCUCAGGUCUGUGGGGAUCAAGAGAGUCACAAUGUGGAGGCUCAGAGGCUGGUGUCAGAGGAUUAUUCUCACUACAUCCUUAUUAAAGGUGCCUCAAAACGGGAGAAAGCUCCACAGACUCAACCACAGGCAGCAGCAGCGCCUUGGUCCGGGAGCUCUCUGUCCGGAGUCAGGAGUCGAGCAGCGGGUAAACCAGAACCUCUGUGGCGUCCCGUCUGUGAGGAGGACGAAAAACAAUGUGAUCCUGUUAUUCAAGACAAAACAAAAGACCAAAAACCCACUGUGUCAGAAAAGUGUGAAGAUGAUAAUGCGUUACCACCGUCACCACGGACUCUUGAGGCUAUACGAGCCGCUCUGAACGACAGCUCAGAUGAAGACGGGGAUCGUAAUAACACGGAUGGCAGUGUCUCUCCUCGCACUUUACUCGCAAUUCAACGAGCCAUGGCUGAAGAUGGAGGCGAUGAUCAAUUUAAAACAAACACCAAAUCUGAUGGGCUGCAGUCUGUUCCUCAAGUGAUUAUUGAUACGUCAGAUGAGGAUGCAGAGGAAAAUCAAAUGGUCGUUGAUACAAAUUCACAAAGCAAGAUUUUAGAUCGGAUUGACAGUCAGAGCUUGGACGUAAAAGACAGUUUAUUAAUGAGUAGUUCAGAUGAUGAAAUGGGAGAUGUUAUUGCACAAAGAAACAAAGCUCUUAGAUCCGCAGCUCAACCGUAUGAACCACUUCAAAAGUCAGAAAAACAAAAUGUGGAGAUACUGUCAGAGAAAGUGAGAAUAAAUGAGCCACGUGAUUCAACUGGAGAAGUUAUUGGAGACAAGAUGAGCACUGAAUAUUCUGAGAUAACUCAUUUCAAUCUGUCAAAGAGGGAAGCUGCUGGGUUUUCAGAUGAGUCGAGAAAAAGUGAUUCUCAAUCCUUGGUACCAGAAUUAAUUAAUACGGAAUUUGCCAAACAAGAUGCCAAUGGAGGUUUUGUAAAGCCAGAAGAGCAGAGUGAAUCAGAAGAGAGCUUUGUUGAAGUCUCAGAGGAAGAAAGUUCAGAUGAAGAGAUUGAAUCGACUGAUGAAAAGACCAAAGAAGAAGAAGAAACUAUAGAUGACAGUUCACCGGAGACGACCAGUGAAGCAGCAGAAGUCUCCAAAUCUGAGGAUGUGCAAGAAGAAACUCACAAACGGGAGGAAAUCCAAGAAGAGAUCCUAGAGAAAACACAGACACGGCCUUCUGCAUCAAAUGAAUGGGACCAACUGGACGUGGAGGAGCUGGAGGUGCUGGAGAGUUCUCUUCAGGCGCAGCAGAACCAACUGAGGGAGCAGAAGCAGCAGCAGGAGCGAAUGGCCAACACGGUCACAGGACAGAUGUGUUUGGAGAGUCAGGAGCUCCUUCGUCUGUUCGGGGUCCCGUACCUCAUCGCCCCCAUGGAGGCAGAGGCUCAGUGCGCGGCCCUGGAUCGCUCCGACCACACACACGGGACCAUCACGGACGACUCGGACGUUUGGCUGUUCGGAGGACGUCACGUCUACAAGAACUUCUUCAGCCAAAACAAAUAUGUGGAGCAUUAUCAGUACAGUGACCUGCAGAACCAGCUCGGUUUGGACAGGACUAAACUCAUAAACUUGGCGUAUCUUCUGGGGAGUGACUACACGGACGGCGUCCCGGGGGUGGGAUAUGUGACCGGGAUGGAGAUCCUCAACGAGUUUCCUGGACCAGGCCUGGAGCCGCUCACACAGUUAUAUGAAUGGUGGAAAGACGCCCAGGAGAAAAAGCGUUUGACGGAGAAUCCCAAAGACACAAAAGUGAAGAAGAAGAUCCGAGAGCUGAAGCUGACGCCUGGAUUCCCAAAUCCUUCUGUGGCUCAGGCGUAUUUACAUCCGGCCGUCGACCAAUCAGAGAGCUCCUUCAGCUGGGGCCGCCCACAACUCGACAUGAUCAAAGAAUUUUGUCUGAGUCGUUUUGGUUGGAACAGCCGCAGGACUGAGGAAACUCUUCUGCCUGUGAUGAAGCAGCUCGACACGCAGCAGACACAGUUGAGGAUCGACUCAUUUUUCCGGAUGGAGCUCCACGAGAAGCAAGCGAUUCGCAGCCAGAGACUCCGACGCGCCGUCACCUGUAUGAAACGAAAGGAGAGAGAAGGAGAAGGAGACGAGGGAGAGGAGGAUGAAGAGGAAACCAUCUCUCCAUCCAAAUCUAAGAAAAACAGCUCCAGCCCCACCCCAGAACAGAGGACAGUGGCGUCUGGAGGAGGGUUUCUCGCUUCACAAAUGACAUUCGAACCAACAUUUUCACCUUCAACAGACAAUGAUAAACGCACAGUUGAGCCCAGCAACGAGAAAACCAACAUUUCACCACAGAAAAACAUAAAAAUAAGAAGGAGCAGUAGCAGCAGUAGCUCAGAGGAGAGUGACAGUGAUGAGAAAGUUGCGAUGGUCGUGGCUAAAUCUGUGUUUGAAGGGAGUCGACGGGGACGCGGGGCCAAAAGUACGAGAGGGAGGGGCAGAGGGGCCACGAGGGGCAAUGCAAAGGGGAAAAAGAAAUGAAGAUAAAUGAUGAGAGAGUGAUGAAGUGACGAGUCGAAUAAACAAACCAGUUGCUCCCAAAACUCAAGCUACAUAACUCACACCAUGCCUUUUCCAUUCUACAGCCGUCCAUAAAUGUCCUGCUCCUUCUCCCGAUGAAUGAAUCAGACA